AUGAACAUCUUUAGACUCGUUGCAGAUUUGAUGCAUUUGGCAUCAAUAUUUAUUUUAUUAUUAAAAAUUCAGAAAACAAGAUCAUGCGCAGGCAUCUCGUUCAAAACGCAACUUCUUUAUGCUGUAGUCUUUAUAGCGCGAUACCUUGAUCUUUUCACUACUUGGAUCUCACUAUAUAACUUUUUGAUGAAAAUCUUUUUUAUAUCAUCGUCUCUAUACAUACUCUGGUUAAUGUACGCCAAAUUUAGAGCAACCUAUGACCCGAAUCUGGAUACGUUCAAAGUCGAAUAUCUAGUGGUACCAUGUUGUCUUAUUGCCCUCAUAUUUAACUGGGAUGUAAACAUUUUAAACAUAAUCUGGGCGUUUUCUAUUUAUCUCGAAGCGGUGGCUAUACUUCCACAGCUAUUCAUGCUCACCCGUACGGGAGAAGCAGAGACUAUUACGACACAUUAUUUGUUUGCCUUGGGUGCAUAUCGAGGAUUAUAUAUAUUAAAUUGGGUUUGGCGAUACACUCAAGAAGGCUAUGUCGAUUACACUGUAUGGAUUGCUGGAAUAGUUCAGACAGCACUAUACAGUGAUUUCUUUUAUCAUUAUUACAACAAAGUAUUACACGGAAAGAAAUUUACUUUACCACCAAGUGUCGUUUAA